GUCAUUGUAUUGGAUAUUUUCACAUGACAUUUUUGUACGCGUGAAGACAAAGCGAAAUUGUGAAUGACAGAAUUUCCUCAGUUGCUAUUAUCUACUGAGAGACACGCUGAAUGAAGAUAUUCUAACUUUCUGAACUUAAAAGCUAACGUUACAAUAUAGGUAUUAGUGUCUAGGAAGUUAUUUGUGCAUUGGACUAAUACAAUUCAUAAAAGGCGUAUAAAGACUUUAAGAUUGCCUGAAAGCUUUUCCAAACAGCUAUUGCGGUGUAUAUCGUGAAGAGGCUUCAAUAAAGGAUAAAGGGCCGACUAAUCAACAAAACAAGAUUGCCACGUCAAUGAAAGGAAAGAUGGAUUACCCAUAAGAAGGAAACUCGUCUAAAUAAACAAUGAAGACUGCGGAGGUUGGGCUUGAAGAACAACGUCGCUUUCUGUUGGAGAAGGAGAUCACGUGCCUUACACUAAUACAGCAGGAUAACUAUACACAAGGGAUUGACCGGUGUCCGCGGACGUGGGAUGGCGUCCUCUGUUGGCCAGCCACUGUUAAUGGUACAACCGCAACGGCACCGUGCCCGGAUUACGUCAACGGCGCCAACAUCGGAGCCAAUGCGUCGAAGACGUGUGACGGCAGUGGUCAUUGGUACAUACGGCCGGACACGAACUCGACGUGGACAAACCUUACCCUCUGCUUCAGCGAGAAAUACGACGAUCAAUAUGAACACGUCCCUGAAAUCAUAGCUACCCACAUGCCACGAAUACGUCUCAUGUACAACAUUGGAUAUGGAAUCUCAUUGGCAGCGCUUAUAUUUGCCGUCGGUAUCAUGGUCUACAUUAAGAGACUUCACUGUCCACGGAACACGAUUCACAUCAACCUGUUUUUAUCCUUCAUACUUCGAGCAAUCAUUUCAUUCGUCAAGGAGAACGCACUCGUUAACGGCGUCGGGUUCAGCUUUGACGUCGAGCAGAGUGGGGAUGGCAAGAUCAGGUUUCUUCCCAACAGCCCGCAUUGGGAGUGCAAGACGUUUUUCUCCGUGUUCAACUACAUCCUUGGUGCAAACUACAUGUGGAUCUUCACUGAGGGAAUAUAUCUGCAUAUGUUGAUAACUGUCGCCAUGUUCUCGGAGAGGUCGGGCAUCAAAAGACUCGUACUCUUUGGGUGGGGUACCCCGGUACUGUGUGUGAUACCAUGGGUCAUAGUUCGAGCUACACAGGAGGAUGUUCUUUGCUGGAACACCCAUCCAACCAAUGGCUAUUUCUGGUUGAUAAGGGGACCUAUUGUUGCAGCCAUGGGGAUCAAUUUCUUCAUUUUUCUGAACAUCGUGCGCGUGCUGUUCACGAAGCUGAACGCGUUCAACACGCCCAAUGUGAACAGGUAUAGGUAUAGGAAGCUGGCCAAAUCCACGCUGGUGUUAAUACCCUUGUUCGGCGUCCAUUACAUCGUGUUCAUUGGGCUCCCAAAUCACGUGGACGAGACUACAGAGCUCGUCAAGCUGUACUACGAGAUGUUCUUUAACUCCUUUCAGGGAUUCUUCGUUAGCUUGCUGUUCUGUUUUCUGAAUGGAGAGGUCCAAGCCGAAAUACAGAAGAAGUGGAAACGUUUUAUUUUAAAACGUGGUGGGCAUAACUUGAACAGACGACAUACGCUGACGUCAUUCGUCUCGAACCACCGAGCGUCGUCUGCUAGCUCUGACAGAGAUCAAAUGAAUGGCAAGGUCACUCAAAAAUGUGAUAAUAUUCAGAUGACUUAUUUUAAUGGAUCAUCUGGCCCAUCCGAGUAUAAAAAUGGCACUAUCCCAAUUAAAGGGAGAAUCAGUGAUAAAGUGUGCCCCGAAUCUCACCCAUUGGUUGUAAUGAACUCGUCCACUCCAAAUAAAGAUUUGCAUGACGAUGAAGUCGACGCAAUGAUGCGGAACAGUUCAAACAGUAUUACAACAGACGACAUUAUGAACCUCGAUCUGGUAUAGUCCAUAUAAGGAUGAAAACAUCAAUUUUUUUAUCUUAAGUGACUGUGUUCCCAUUUCGAUAACGAAAAAAGUGUCCAGUCCGGGCAAUAGGUCAGAAAUAGAUUGAAGCUACAUAUAGAUACCAAAACUAGUACAUGUAUAUAUCGAGGGAUCGUUUCGAAAAGGUUGUAUGUGGUAUUAAAACAAAAGCAAUUUGAAGUUUUGCUUAAAUCCCAUCGGUACAGCGCAGUAUUAGGAGAACGGUCCAGGCAGUUGAUAUAGUUUUAGAAAGUUAAUAGCAAUGUGAUGUGUUGUGCCAGUACGGGUAGUAAGGAAAUAUAUAGCGGUUGCAAUGACGUCGGAUAUCCCAGUAUUCUGUUAUGCUCUGCCCAUCAUAGUGUUACUAUGGUGCCGUAAUAUGGUGCCGUGUAUUUCAGGAAUGUGGUUGUUAUAUGUGUUGCAGAAACAGGGAAUAUUGAUUUAUUUAAAAAUGGAAGCCGAAUGUUUGUGAUAAAAUACAGUGACAUAGUUUAAGCAUGUGUUACGUAGCUGCGCCAAUCUUGUAUUAAAUAGUAAACAUAUUCAACAGCAAGUAGAAUAUGUGUGUUGAAAUGGCUUAGACUGAUGCCAACGGUCAUAUAUAUGUGUGAACAAAAAAGAAAUGUUCGGUGAAACAUUUGAUUAAUCAUAAACACAUAUUACGUCUCCAAAGGUAUUAUUGUAUUUAAUAAAUACAAUGCGUUUUCGAGUAGUUAUUCCAGGAAUAUAUGCGAUAUGUUCAUUUUUGUAGUUUCCAACUUGUUUGAUAUCAUAAGACUCUACAUAAAUCAUAAGGCGCAAGUCGAGUCUUAGACUCUUCUUCACUCAUAAGGCUCCAGUCGAGUCUUAGACUCUUCUUCACUUAUAAAGCUUCAAUCAAGCCUUAGACUCUUCUUCACUCAUAAGGCUCCAGUCGAGUCUUAGACUCUUCUUCACUUAUAAGGCUUCAGUCAAGCCCUAGACUCUUCUUCACUCAUAAGGCUCCAGUCGAGUCUUAGACUCUUCUUCACUUAUAAGGCUUCAAUCAAGCCUUAGACUCUUCUUCACUCAUAAGGCUCCAGUCGAGUCUUAGACUCUUCUUCACUUAUAAGGCUUCAGUCAAGCCUUAGACUCUUCUUCACUCAUAAGGCUCCAGUCGAGUCUUAGACUCUUCUUCACUUAUAAGGCUUCAAUCAAGCCUUAGACUCUUCUUCACUCAUAAGGCUCCAGUCGAGUCUUAGACUCUUCUUCACUUAUAAGGCUUCAGUCAAGCCUUAGACUCUUCUUCACUCAUAAGGCUCCAGUCGAGUCUUAGACUCUUCUUCACUUAUAAGGCUUCAAUCAAGCCUUAGACUCUUCUUCACUCAUAAGGCUCCAGUAGAGUCUUAGACUCUUCUUCACUUAUAAGGCUUCAGUCAAGCCUUAGACUCUUCUUCACUCAUAAGGGUCCAGUCGAAUCUUAGACGUUUUUUACUCGUAAAGCCCCAUUCAAGUUCAAGUUUAAUGCUUUUGAGAUACAACUUAAUCGAGUCCGAAUUAUGACCUCGCAUGACCUUCUCCGCAAAAAGUAGUCCACACGUACACAUACCUGGAUGACGUACUCAUCAGAAAGUAGUCAUUUUGAACAAGUUCUUGUAACUUCUUGUGACCUGUUUUCCUCUAGUUAUUCUAUAAAUCUUACAUACAUAUAAUUUCUUUUCCAGAUCUCUUUACAUUUUACGUUAAUUAUUUAUACCAACAUAACUUUCUGUUGUAGCAGUCCAACAAACCACUUUGUUAUGGCCAAAAAGGACACACAUUCAAGCAAAUGUGUGUAGAUAUGUAUACAAUCGAACCCCGUUGGCUCGAACUCCCAGGAACCGGCGAAAAUACCUCGAGCCUCGAAAAUUUCGAGCAAAGCCGGUAUUCUUACCUAAAGUAUACAGAAAUCGGUUCCUUUACAUCCAAUUCGAGCCAACGAGGAUUUCAGUCCAGCGUGUUCGAGCUGACGGGGAAUUCAAUCCAACGUGUUCGAGCUAACGGGGAAUUCAAUCCAACGUGUUCGAGCUAACGGGGAAUUCAAUCCAACGUGUUCGAGCUAACGGGGAAUUCAAUCCAACGUGUUCGAGCUAACGGGGUUUGACUGUAUAUAAGGAAUUAUGCACAAGAAAUAGCUCGUUGUUAAAGCCUUACCCAUAGUUAUCGUUCAUGUUUGUGUUGUUCAGUGUACAUAGCUAUUUCCUAGAUGCAUAAUUAUGUUGUAUGUAUAUUUGCUUGUAUAUAAAAUAAGUUAUACUAUUUAUUAUUAUCUGACGUUUUACACAUUUUUUUAUGAUUUACAUGACUAAAAGUAUUGCAAGACAAUCAUUAUUAUUAAGGUAUUUCAUCCAUCCUUAGGUUAUACUCUUUUUGUCCCAUUGUCUGUACAAUCGGAACACUUCGGUCAUUAUCCGUCGCAAAACACCUCGGAUGUACUUGGGCGGUUAACAAUGUCAGAAUUAUUUACAUUUAACUACGCUGCAAGGUGAUCGCGUAGUAAUUUCAAGUUAACAGUUAAACCAAAGCACUUUCCUUUUAAGAAUCUUAAUUAUUUAUGCAGUAAUAUUCUUCGGUGGGAUUUAAUUUGAUCUGAGUAAUACAAAUGAAGCGUUAUUUGAAAUGAUUGUUAUUACUAAUUGAGAGUAAAAAGAUGCGUUAAAAACGCGGUAUGUUUUUCUUUUUCUGCAAAUGAACUUUUAAUGUCAUACAGCUCAACGGUUGUUCUACUCCCUUAUAGCUGUUUUGUAAUGUUAGAUUGGUUAAGGUGACAUUCUUAUUCAAAAUCAAUACAAACACAUAUAUAACAAACAUCAAUUUUGACUGAUAAACCUUUUACUACUUACUAAAUGAUGCAUUAUGAUUAAAUGAUAUAUGACCAUCAACCUGACGCCUCAGUUAUCAGACAUCAAACUGAUGGAUGGAAUACAUUUAAACAUGUUUUGUUGUUUAUAUAUGACAGCUACCAUUUCAUUUUUGUUUGACUUACAUAACAUGUUUCUGUUGUUGCAUUGUUUAAUUAUAACUAUAAUAAAUUUAGAGUAACCUGA